AAUUUCAAUGGAAACUCCCCCAGAAUUUGUUUACUCUCCUCGAGACUUCUUUUCUUUUGGAAUCUUAAGUACUUGUGAUUAGCUUAAGCAACUCUGUUUCCAUGUGUAUGUGUGCGUGUGUGUAUAUAUAUUAAGUUUGAGUAUACUUAUUAGCCAAGCAUGUCUUCUAUUAGUAAAAGUGUAAGCGGUAGUUCCAGUGAAGACGACGUCGUAGCAGAGCUUCGGAGAGGGCCAUGGACUCUUGAAGAAGAUACCCUUCUCGUUCAUUAUAUCUCCUGCCACGGUGAAGGUCGAUGGAACUUACUAGCAAAACGCGCAGGGUUGAGGAGGACAGGCAAGAGUUGCAGACUGAGAUGGCUGAAUUAUCUUAAACCAGACGUGAAACGUGGAAAUCUUUCUCCUCGAGAACAGCUCUUGAUUCUUGAACUCCAUUCUAAGUGGGGCAACAGGUGGUCGAAGAUUGCUCAACAUUUACCAGGGAGGACAGAUAAUGAAAUAAAGAAUUACUGGAGGACUCGGGUGCAAAAACAAGCUCGUAAUCUGAACAUGGAGGCAAACAGCCAGGCAUUUCAAGAUAUGAUCAGGUGUUUCUGGAUGCCAAGGUUGCUUCAAAAAAUUGAAGGCUCUGCAAAUUCUUACCCGACCCAGUUCCAAAACCCGGAAAGCAACCCGCUACCGGCUCGAAUUGUAAACCCGGAUCCAGUUAAUUACCAAUUGGGUCAGAAUCACCACGAACAGAGCUCGGAUUCAGAGCACGGGACAAGCUCCUGCAUUUCUUCCUCGGAGUCGAUUAACAUCUCUCAUUUCUCGGAGUACCCGACGAGCCCGUUUCAGGCGAGCGAUAGUCAUGGAUGGAAUAAUUGUUAUCAUGACGUGAUGGAAUCAAUGAACAUGGCGUAUGCAAAUCCAGUGAUUGGAGAUUUGGGGAACUAUUACGAUUACCCUGGCGCUGCUAGUGGUUGUCAAAUGGAUCAUGGCAACUGGGUUGAUGAUGGGUUGGUGGUAGAUCAGAGCUUGUGGAACAGUGAUGAUCAGUUGUGGAGGAAUUUGCAAGAAAGGAGAUGAAGAAGACGCUCUCGUUUCACUAGCUCAGAUGAACCAGAAUCAUUUUUAAGUUCAUUUUGAAUUUUUGUUUUAUAAUUUUUUUUUUUUGACAAAGAUUCAAAAGGAAUUAGAAAUUUUAAGUUAUUAUUUUUGAUGUAAUCCACAGAGUGAUCGGAAAUUAUAAUGGUGGGAAUCUUGGAUUAAAUCCUAAAUUUACGCACACUUAAUUAAGGGUUUAAGAAAUAGUUAAGGAAAAAGCAAAAGUAGAAUUAGAAAAGAGUAAGUAUUUAGUAAAGUGCUUUGAAAUAGUAAAAACCCACUUGGGCAUGAUUCAUGGCAGUAGCAA